AUGCCAUCAACGAUGAACAACGGUGGGCGUAACGAGAGAAAACGUCCCAUAUCACAACGAACCUCGUUACCACCAGCGAAACGUUUUUCCACAGUAAUCAGUUCAUCUAACUCAUCAUUGCGGCAUCAAACACGAUCAAACGAUCAAAAAUCUGAAACAACAAAAAGUACAACAACAUCAAAAGAAAAUAGUCGAAAACCAUUAUCGCCAUCGUCCAAUUAUCUUCGUCGAUCAGAACGACAUGAAACUUCAUCAUCAUCUACAUAUUCAAAAGACAAAACGAAAUAUUCAUCGUCGUCCCAUGAUCGAUAUUCAAAAUCAGGCUCAAAAUUAGACAGUAGAUCAGGUCGAGUAUCUCGUCGAAGAACUUCCAGAUCCUCUUCUUCAUCGAGAUCUCCAUCUUCAGAAAGACGUGGUCGAACAAUAAGAAAUGCACUACCACCAUCAAAAACAACAUUCGAAACGAAGAAAACAGAUAAUGAGUUUUCUUCAUUGGUGUCAUCAAAAGAAAUCUGUACUACUCGAUCAUCAACAUUAAGGCCGUUGAAUGAUUCACAGCAACAGAAACAAACGAGCGAAAUGAAGCCUAUGCAGUCAGCAAAAAUAGACACACCAACAACAUCGGUUUCAAGUGAAAAUAGUGGUAAAAAGAUGAUAGUCACUGAUAAACCAUAUAAGAAACCGACUGUUCAACCACCAUGUCAGGCACAACAAUCUGUCGUAGUAAAAAAACCGCCAAGUACUGCUAUAGUAGUGCCGUGUCCACCUCCACCACCACCACAUCAGGCACUAACACCAAAAAAAGAAGAAACAAUAUCUCGUCCUAUAACAUUAGUCAAGCCACCAGAAAUAAAAACAGAAGAGAAAAAGAUUGUAUCAAUGCAACCGUCCGUACAACAACGAAAUAGCAUUAAGCUAAGCCCGUCCGAAUCGAAAUGUAGUAAAUUUCCUGAUGAUAAGGACAAAACGAUUUCAAUUACUGUUGCUAAUAAAGAGGAGAAAAAUGACAAUAGUAAAAGUUGCCGGAGUCUAGUUGAUUAUGCAUGUGAAAGUGAAGAUGAAAGUGAUAAACAUAAACAACAACGACAGUCCGAAAAACGAAUUGAUAAACCAUCCUCAACCGAUUGCAACAAUAAUAGCGAUUUAUUAAAAAAGCGAUCAACUGAUAAUGUUAUUAUACAGCCGCUUAAUAUGAAUCUUGAAGAUAAAAAAUUAGCAAAAAAAAUUAAUCUAAAAGUGCUAAAAUUAACUUCUCCCACAUCAUCAUCAACAACUACAACAACAAAUAACAUCAAAAUGUUGACCAGUGAUGAUGUAUUUUCAUCGGCAUUACGUGUACCAACAAAAAUUAAAUUAACAAAAACAAUUGAGCAACAAGAAGAUAGUAACAAUAUAGCGGCGUUAGAACGAAAAAAAUUGAUAUCGUAUGCAUUACCCGAUUCACUGAAUAAUACAAGUUUAAACACAACGUAUGAAUGUGAAAAAGAAGAAUGUUUAUCAAUAAAGAAAGAUGAGAAUGAUCUAAAAACAGCUGAAUUAGACGAUUGUAUAUCGAUUGGAAGUGAUACAUCAUUAUCGACAUCUGCCACAAUUCAACAAACAACUAAAACAACAAUCUUACAACUAGAAGACAAUAACGCGCAAAUACCGUUGUCACCACCCUCGAGUAUCAAAUCUCCAUUAACUAAACACGAAUCUAGUACCCCAACACACGUUGAUGAGAAAUCAAAUGAAUCACAAGAUUUAAUUACAUCAAGUACAGACCAAGAAACUGGGAAAAUAUCUUCAGUUGUUACUACUUCACCACCAAUUGUAGAUGAUAAACCACAAGAUAAUUUUAUGAUUCCUCCAACAAUGGAAUUAUCACCAAAUUCAUUAUCAUCAUCUCCCGAUCUUUCGUCGUAUUCUUCUAGUGAUGAUGAAUUCAAAGCAAUAAAUUCAUACAAACGUCGUUAUCGUUCAUUAUCAUCAUCGUUAGCCGCCUUUUUUGAUUGUCGUUCGUCUUUGCCUUCAACGCCUUCAGUAAAAUCGAAAUCUUUAACACGUAUAGAACCGCCGCUAUCGUUAAUAAAAUUCACUGCUAAGCAAGAUGAGACAGUUUGUGAGUAUCAAAAACAAGAACAACAGAAACUCUUAAAAGAAAAAAAACCAAAUAAAACCAAAGUCCUGAAUGGAAAAGUAUCUAAAACAACAAAACGACAGUAUAAGAAAAAACAUACUGUAUCAGUGAUAGAACAACAAACUCAACUGAACAAAGAUACAGACGAAGAAAGAUGCACGAUCAUUAAAGAACUGAUGGAUCAAUUAAUACACUCUACGGAAAUGCAAAUGAUAAAUUCUUUAUCUGGAGAAAGACUUUCUACAGUGAAUGAUGAAAAUCAAUCAGAAAUGUCUCUCGACUGUUCAACUGAACCAUUAUCGUCAAAAUUUCAACAACCUCCAUUGGCGGGAAACGAGUCGUUUGAACUUUUAUCAAACAUAGUGAACAAUACAAUCAAUUCUAGUGACAAUGUUGAAACGACAAAAUCGGCACAAUGUAACAAUGACUACCCAACAAAAUUCCAUCAAGAUCAUUCCAUUGAAUUAUCACCAUCGGUUCAACCGAUUUCAAGCGGACCUCAGCCCGUUGUUUUGACAGAAAUACAACUGGAUGAAUUAGCCUAUUUACUCCAUGCUAAUGUCCAUCGUAGUGAUAUAGAGAAAAUUGGUGAUACAAAUAAAGUUGAAGAACGUAUGAGAGAUUUGUGGCGAUCAAUGAGUAUCACGAAAAAGAAAGCUUAUUAUACAAGAGUUUUAAAUCUUCACAAGAGACCAAAUCGAGGUGUUGUUGUUGUACCAGCUGAUGAAAUAGGAAAUUCCACAACACCUAUUUUACAACCUCCAACAGUUACGUUUUCAUCAUCUGCAAUUACUCCGCCAUUAUCAUCAACUCCAACACUGAUGAUAAAUCCAUUUACUUCAACACAUCAUUCACCAUCACCAUUGUUAUUUCAAUCAGUUUCAACUCCAAUUAACCAUGAAUUAGAGGUAUCAAUGCAAAAAAAUGAUAAACUAUCAAUACAAAAACAACAUACACAGGAACAAUUUAUUGAAAUCACUCCGCCAACUGUCUAUAUUAGUCCUCAAUUAUCCAAAUCAGCAAUAUUUAAGGACAUAGUAGAUGAAUUAAUUAAAGGCAGUAAAGGUUUAGAUAAAUUAUGUCAGCCAUCAUCCGUUUUAAAUUCUGUACAACAAUUCAUUCAAUCAUCGCAAGAAAAACAAAUUGAUACUGUGAAAAAAUUAGAAAAAGAUGCAGAAAAGAAAUGUACAAUACAAUUUAAUCGUGCUUUGCUGUUUUCGACCCAGCGUACGACAUAUUUUUUAACAAAACAUUCAUUGUCAUCAUCAGCUAUUAUGGAAUACAAGAAUGAAAUUGAACGUUUAGUUAAAUAUUAUUAUUUACUUGUUUUGUCUUUUAAUUUUCGUCGACAAGAAAAAGAAUUUGAAAAUACACUUGGAGCAUUGAUGACUGGAAAAAUAACUUUUACGGAAACAUUACGCUCAUCAAUGAUCACAGAUUUAUUGAGUGAAUUAGCUUAUAAUCCAUUAUUAUCACAUGACUUCCUAAGUUCACAACCAAUUGUAAUUGAUAGUACUGAAUAUUCAUUGCCGUCCAUACACAACAUUGAAUUCGAAUGUGAAAUAAUCGAACAAAUAAAAAAUGAUAAUGCUGUUACAGCAACAAUUCCACUUCUUGAUCUUGAUGAAGUCACUGAUUUGUUAUCUCGUUGUGAACGAACAUUUUCCAUGGCACACUCUAAUAUGAAUCCAUGCGCUUCGUAUUGUUCAGUCUGUCCACCACAACAAGCAAUGUUUAAUCAUCAGUAUCAUCAACCGAUUCCUCACCAACAGUAUGGUAAUAACAUUUGUUAUUUCACAUCACCCUCGUUACCAACACUGAAUCAUCCAAUAAAUUACUUUGAAUCACCUUACAUAUCAGCGUAUGAACCUACACAUCCGUCUUAUUAUAAUCCAUCUCCAUAUGCUGAUGCUCAAUAUUCAGUAAUUCAACAGUCUCAACAGCAACAACAGUAUUCUUUUCAGCAGCAGCAACCAUUUGAUCGCUACUAUGUUUCUUCUUCCGCUUCUCGUCAAUCACCACACCACAACCCAUUUCAUCACUCUCAACAGCAGCAACAAUAUCAUCAUCAAUUAGAAACAGAUGCAUACCGUCGGGCAGUUUCAAUGAAUCGAAAAUAUGCUUAUUCAAAUAAUCCCCAACAAGAACAACUAGUAGGAACAACUGUAGCGUCUUCUGCUACAAGUCAAACAACAAUAACUCCGGCGACACAAGUUUAUGAUACAAAUUCCUCACGGACUUAA